UACUUAGAUUACAUAUUACAUAUCCGUAAUAACUAUACUAAUAAGGGUAGAAGGUGAAAAGUUGAGAACCGAGAAACGCCAGAACGAAAUAAAGUCUAAGGACUAAACAAUACAAAUUUCAUUCGGAAGAACCCUAAUUCCUUCUUUUGCUCUCCAUUGCUGCUUUUUGCAAUCUUCUUCUCUCAUCUCAUUCAUACAGCUGAAAGAUGUCGGAUUAUCAGGAAGAUCCUGAUAGAAAUGGUUCUUCUCAACAACCUCAAGAUCCUGACCAUGGUGGCCUUGGUGAACUCAAUGACUUGAAAUCUCAGGAUGGUUCUCAUGAUCGUGCAAGGGAAUCUUCAAGAAGUAGAGAAAGGGACCGGGAGAAGGGUCGGGAACGAGAUAAGGACAGGGAUAAGGAAAGGGACCGUGAUAGGGAUAGGCAUAGGGAUAGAGACAGGGAUAGGGAACGAGACAGAGACAAAGAGAGAUCUCGUGAUAGAGAUCGAGAUCAUGAUCGUCAUAGAGAUAGGCAUAAGGAUAGGAUUGACAAAGGUGACCGCCACCGAGAUAGAGAGGAUGAUGAUGAUUAUUACAGAAGUAGAGAUCGUGAUAGGCGGAGAGAUUACGAUCGUGGUAGAGAUGAGAGACGUAGACACCGUUCUCGUUCAAGGGGAAGAUCAGAGCAUAGGUCAAGGUCUCGAUCGCGUUCUCGUUCUAAGAGCAAAAGGAUAAGUGGGUUUGACAUGGCACCUCCAACUUCUGCAAUGUUAACCACAGCUGCAGCCUUUACGGGCCAAAUGCCUGGAACAGCUCCAACAAUCCCUGGAAUGUUCCCAAACAUGUUACAGCUGACUCCUGGACAGCCAUUAGGAUCUCUUCCUGUUAUGCCUAUGCAGGCAAUGACUCAGCAGGCUACUCGGCAUGCUCGCCGAGUAUAUGUUGGCGGGCUACCUCCAACAGCAAACGAACAGUCGGUGGCAACCUUUUUUAGCCAUGUUAUGGCUGCAAUUGGGGGAAAUACUGCCGGACCAGGUGAUGCUGUUGUCAAUGUUUAUAUAAAUCAUGAAAAGAAGUUUGCUUUUGUGGAGAUGAGGUCUGUGGAGGAAGCUAGCAAUGCCAUGGCAUUGGAUGGCAUCAUAUUUGAGGGUACAGCAUGUAAGGUGCGAAGGCCUAGUGACUAUAAUCCGUCUCUUGCUGCAACUCUCGGUCCCAGUCAACCCAAUCCAAAUCUGAACCUUGCAGCUGUUGGACUAACACCAGGGACGGCUGGUGGACUCGAGGGCCCUGAUCGUAUUUUUGUGGGUGGACUACCAUACUACUUAACUGAAGUGCAGAUUCGGGAGUUGCUAGAAUCUUUUGGGGCCCUCAGAGGUUUUGAUCUCGUGAAGGACAGAGAAACUGGGAACUCCAAGGGCUAUGCAUUUUGUGUUUACAAUGAUCCCUCGGUCACUGAUGUUGCUUGUGCAGCUCUGAAUGGAAUUAAGAUGGGUGAUAAAACACUCACGGUUAGACGUGCUAGUCAAGGAGCUGUUCAACCCAAGCCUGAGCAAGAGAUUGUUUUGCAGCAUGCACAACAACAGAUAAUGUUGCAGAAGAUGAUGUUUCAACCUGGAGCACUUCCCACGAAAGUUGUUUGCUUAACUGAAGUUGUUACUGCGGAUGAUCUUAGAGAUGACGAUGAGUAUCAAGAUAUAAUGAUUGAUAUGAAAGAAGAGGGUGAAAAGUUUGGUUCUUUGGUGAGGGUUGUCAUACCAAGACCAGGAUCAAACGGUGAACUCGGACCUGGAGUCGGAAAGGUCUUUUUGGAAUAUGCCGACACAGAGAGUUCCUCCAGAGCGCGAGCAGGAAUGAAUGGAAGGAAAUUUGGCGGAAACCAAGUAGUGGCAGUGUUUUAUCCUGAAAAUAAAUUUGCUGAAUGUGAUUAUGAUGGAUAAAAUAGUACCAAUUAUUUUCUUCUUCAUUUUUCAUUUUUCAUUUUUCAUCUUUCUCUUUAGAGCGGAGAACAUUAGAAAGUAGUGACAUGUAGGUCGGAAAAUAGAUUAAAAAAACUUCGUUUGCUUUUACAUUUAUCAGUUUGUAUCGUUAUGUGCUUGCUUGUUGGGUAUUAACUAAAAUUCAAAUCUGGGUCUUGUAGUUUUUCAGUACAAAUAGUACCCUAUCAUUUUGUAUUGUCAUUACUUUAAUUUUUAUGGUU